UACCCUUCAGGUAUGAAACUUCUCCCGAUCACUGUGCAUUUCUCCAUCUGAUUCCGUUUUAGACUGAGACAAGUUGGUGUACAGUGAGACCGAGCAAGCACUCGUGAUCUUGAGUGUGUCAAUCUGCGGUGCGACGCACAGGGCGAAGAGGCGCGGCACGCUCUCAGCAGAGGUCCUGUGAGGACUGGAAGGAUCACAAAAGCAGCACUCCGACCGAGGCAGGGAUGAAGAGAUAUCAGACACUUGGAAGCAGCUGAACCGGAGGAUUUUUACCCAAAGAGCACUCGGCUCUGUCCCGCGGGCUGCCUCGGUUACUGGCUAUCAGGGUGAGCGGGGUGGUCGCUGCCUGCAUCUCUCUCUGUGUGUGUGUGUGUGUGUCUCUCCUCAGCGCACAGGCGCUCUGCACUCCAGUCUGCUGACACUCCGGGAGGACAGUCCGCACUACACCUCCGUGUCAUUGGACUCUAUGUGGAUACAAAGCCCGGCCAACACAGAUCCAUGGGGAUAGUUUAGAGGGAACUGCUGACUGCGACCUUUUGCAUGAAAUCAGAGCAGCACUGAACGAUCUCGGACAACCACAGAACGAGUGCUGGCCUUCGCUUGACUGUGUGACCAGCGAAUGAGCCUUGUUCAUGCGUCUCCCUGAGUGCCACUCCCACAUCACCAUGAACUGUGAGCAGGACUUUGGCGACGGGGGCUUGGGAGUGACCCUCACACUACGACUGCUCAUGCAUGGAAAGGAGGUUGGCAGCAUCAUAGGAAAGAAAGGAGAGACUGUGAAACGAAUACGGGAAGAGAGCAGCGCACGAGUCAACAUUUCAGAAGGAUCCUGUCCUGAAAGGAUCAUCACCAUCACGGGCUCCACAGACAGCGUCUUCAGAGCUUUUACCAUGAUCACAUACAAACUGGAGGAGGACUUAACUGCACUGGUGGCCAACGGCACCAUCAGCUCCAAGCCACCGGUUACCCUCCGGCUGGUCAUCCCUGCCAGCCAGUGUGGCUCCCUCAUCGGGAAGGGAGGGGCCAAGAUAAAGGAGAUCAGGGAGAGCACCGGAGCUCAGAUACAGGUGGCAGGGGAUUUGCUACCCAACUCAACUGAGCGAGGUGUGACGAUAUCUGGGAAUCAGGACUCGGUAAUCCAGUGUGUCAAGCUCAUCUGCACAGUAAUCCUGGAGUCUCCCCCAAAGGGUGCAACCAUCCCCUAUCGACCAAGCCCCUCACCAGCUGCUCUCCUCAUUGCAGGAAACCAGGUGUUUGAGGCAUCAGAAUUUGCACCCCACCCUCUGUACUCAGUCGCACAGGGUGGCCUGGACCUCCAGCAGGCCUACACUUUGCAAAACCAAUAUGGCAUUCCACACUCAGAGCUGGCCAAGCUACAUCAGCUUUCAGUGCAGCAAGGCCUGAGUCCUAUUGCCCAGCCUGCGUCAGCUGUCAUACCCGGCAUGGACUCAAACUCUCAGACGUCUCAGGAGCUGCUUAUUCCCAAUGAUCUGAUUGGCUCGAUCAUUGGUCGUCAGGGCACUAAGAUCAACGAGAUCAGGCAGGUGUCAGGAGCUCAGAUUAAAAUCGGGAGCCAGCUGGACGGGACAAGCGAUCGCCAUGUCACUAUCACAGGAACACCAGUGAGCAUCAACCUGGCCCAGUACCUCAUUACCUCCUGUUUAGAGACAGCCAAAUCUACAGCCCAGGCAGCCAGCAUGGGAAGUCCAGUUGACCUCAACAUGGCCUUCACCCAGCCAGCCUCCCCAGCUGCUUCUCCUGCACCCACCCUGGCUGCCGUGAGCACCCUGACCCCAGCUCAUGUUCUGGGAACUCCGUACGGUGCCAUGCCCCUCUCCGGGCUGCUGGGGGUGAAGUCCGUCCCCUUUCUGACUUUGUCCAGCCCGGCCCCAGCCGUAGCCGUCACUGCAGCACCCUCCCACACCACUCUGGCUGCCUACACAGCCAAAAUCUCCUCAGCCAACUGCAUCAAAAAGCCAGAGAGACAGAAGUUCGCUCCCUACUGAUGAAGCCUCUGAGCACCAUGCGCAGAGUCAGAUGAAGGACAGCUGCAGUGUUCUUUCACAAACCCCUGAUGUAGCCAUAUCCGCUGGCAGAGAUGCUCUUGCCUUUUAUUCUAUGACACACCAACAGAGACGAGACCAAUGGAGAUGUGGAUAAAGCUAUUAAAAGUUAUUUACGACUAUAGAUAAUUUGUGAGUUACCCAUGAAUUGAUGGACAGCUUUCAUUGUCACCUCAUCACUGUUAUUGAUCACAAAAAAACAAUUAAAAAAAAAAAAGGGCUGAGGUCUCACCUGAGACACACAUGUUUACCAGUGUUUACAUGUGUGUCUCAAGUUAGAGAUCAGCUAAGUAUUUAUCCUCAAUAAAUUUGUAAAUUAUACUCAGAUGACAGAUGCUCUACUGUAUGAUGCUUUUAUACAAUGUCUACGUUUGCCUCUUGAAGUUUUUAAGAAAAUUUGUAAAUGUCUGGGGGGUGUUUUGUUUUUGUUUUUUUUGUUUUUUUAAAUAAUCCGUGCUAUAUUACUGUACUUUACGUUGUUCAGUGUUAUGUCUUUUUUGUUGGAAUUUAUUUUGAAUGUGCAACUUGGUUAAU